AAUAUUAUGGUAAGAAUGAUGACGAUCAUCAACUUUCGAAAGUAUGAAAGUAUAGUUCGUAAUCCAAAUCCAAAAGAAGGUCGAAGUGGUCGAAGUAGUCCUAGCCCAAUCCAAACUGCAAAGGCAUCGAAGAUGGUGGACUACAGCAAGUGGAAAACAAUUGAGGUGUCUGACGACGAAGAUGACACCCACCCCAACAUCGACACACCCAGUCUGUUCAGGUGGCGCCACCAGGCACGGGUGGAACGUAUGGCUGAGUUUGACAGGGAAAAAGAAGAUUUGAAAAAGAAAAAGGCAAAGAAUGAGAAGCAGCUCGCUAACGCGAGGGCCAAGCUGCAGGGGAAGACUGGAAUGGAGCUCGACAACAUCAAGCGCGAGAUAACUAAGCUGGAAAAAGAGGAACGCAAACUCAAGAAGGACGCGGAAGCGCUCGAAAAGAAGGAAAAGCUUCUACCGUGGAAUGUGGACACCAUUAGUAAAGAAGGAUUCACAAAAACUAUCCUGAACAAGCCAGAACCGAGGCAAGUAGAACCGCUAACGGAAGAAGAGAAAGAAAAAAGACAGAAACAAUUCGUGAAGGACAACGAGCCGCUCUUGAAGAAGUUUGGGAUGUUGCACAAGUACGAUGACAGCAAACGGUUUCUCUUAGAGCAUCCACAUCUUGCUUGCGAUGCCACCGCAAAUUACCUUGUUCUGUGGUGCAUGCGUUUGGAAAUGGAUGAGAAACACGAACUGAUGGCGCACGUAGCUCACCAGUGCAUCUGCAUCCAGUACGUCCUGGAACUCGCGAAGCAACUCGACGUCGACACGAGGUCCUGUAUUACGCCCUUUUUCUCAAAAAUUCAGAUAGCAGACCAGCAAUACAAAGACGCGUUCGAGGAUGAGCUCCGUGGCCUCAAAGAACGUGUUCGCAUACGAGCUGAGGAAAAGCUGGAGGAGGCAGUGAAGGAAGUUGAAGAGGAGGAAAAACAACAGAGGCUAGGUCCAGGAGGCUUGGACCCCGUGGAGGUUUUUGAAAGUCUUCCAGAGCCCCUUCAGAAGUGCUUCGAGACCCGUGACCUGGAACUCCUGAAGCAAGUGAUUGCUACAAUGGACCCAGAUGAAGCACGCCAACACAUGAAGCGCUGCAUCGAUUCUGGACUGUGGCUGCCGGACUCCAAGGACGCCCCGCUUGUGGAAGAGGCACCAGACGAAAGCGCCAAGGCUGCCAGCAGCCCUCCGGCACAGGAGUAGCGUUAAGUGUUCAAGGUCGUUCUUGAGGAGGAAAGACGUCGGUGCCCCCCAAAAAUCUGAAUGGACUUUGCCAGCAGAUCCUCCGUGGCAUCCUUGCUCAGGCCACUUGUACAUAAAAAUUAUUUUUAAGCCAGCACAGAUUGAGCCAGUUGUGCAGCACAUGCAUGCUUCAAUGCCCUAUGUGCUGAGAUUAAAAAUGAAUUGUAAUGUUUAAUGAUUAAAAAUAAACUGGUCCCAUUCCUGCUAGUCCCCCAGACAGCACACAA